AUGGCGAUCCAGAAGAAGCAUGGAAAAGGUCGUUUGGAUAAGUGGUAUCGGCUUGCCAAAGAGAAGGGUUACCGAGCCCGUGCUGCUUUCAAGUUGAUCCAAUUGAACCAGAAGUAUGGUUUCCUGGAGAAAAGCAGAGUUUGUAUCGAUCUUUGCGCUGCGCCUGGUUCUUGGUGUCAAGUCGCUGCAGAGUACAUGCCCGCGCAAAGUCUGAUCAUCGGUGUCGAUCUCUCCCCAAUCAAGCCAAUCCCCCGAGCCAUUACUUUUCAGAGCGAUAUCACAACGGAAAAGUGUCGCGCCACCAUCAAAUCCCACCUCAAGCACUGGAAGGCCGACAUUGUGCUUCACGAUGGUGCACCCAACGUUGGUGCCGCGUGGGUACAGGAUGCUUUCUCCCAGGCUGAACUGGUUCUGGAGUCCCUGAGGCUGGCCACUGAUUUCUUGGCCGAGGGCGGAAGCUUCGUCACCAAGGUCUUCCGUUCCAAGGAUUAUAACCCACUGCUGUGGGUUUUCAAGCAGCUGUUCACUUCCGUCGAGGCCACCAAGCCUCCUUCCUCUCGAAAUGUCUCUGCCGAAAUUUUCGUCGUUUGUCGCGGAUACAAGGCCCCCAAGCGCAUCGAUCCCAAGUUCCUCGACCCUAAGCACGUCUUUGCUGAACUUUCUGCCCCUACUCCCAACUAUGAGGCGAAGGUCUUCAACCCGGAAAAAAGAAGCGAGCUCCCAGUCACUGAGUUCAUCAACACAACGGAUCCCAUCUCUAUUCUGGGUGGCUACAACAAGCUCAGUUUCCAACAACCUCCCGGUGGAGAUCUUGCCAUGUCUACCCUUGAGCGUCUAGAAGAUACUACAGAAGAAAUUCGAACCUGCUGUGAGGAUUUGAAGGUCCUUGGUAAGAAGGAAUUCCGCAACCUGCUCAGAUGGCGUAUCAAGGUUCGCGAGAAGUUCGGUCUCGUUGUCAAGAAGAAGACGCAAGAGGGAGACGCGGAAGAGGUCGCCGAGGUCGCCCCCAUGGACGAAGAGUUGGCCAUCCAAGAGGAUCUUAUGCGCAUGCGCGAGCAGGAGACUGCCAAGGGCAAGAAGCAAAGACGCAAGGAAAAUGAAAAGAAGCGAAAGGAGAUUGUUCGUUUGCAGAUGAACAUGACCACACCAAUGGAAAUUGGUAUGGAGCAGCUUGGAAUGGGAGGUGAUGACACAACUUUCUCUCUUAAGCGUGUGGACCGCGAGGGUGCCAGAGACAAGGUAAUCAACGCUCGUGAUCUUCCAGCUGAGAGUGAAAGCGAGGAUGACUCUGAAUCCGAAGAUGAAGAGAGCGAUGACGAAGGUGAUCGUCUCGAACGGGAGCUUGAUACUCUGUAUGAGAAAUACCAAGAGCGCAAGGAAGACAAGGAUUCAAAACUGCGUGCCAAGAAAAACCGCAAAGAAUACGAGAAAGAUGAGUGGGAUGGCUUCUCUGAUGAGAACAAGGGCAGCGAUGAGGAGGAGGAAGAGGAACAGGAAGAUGAAGAGAUGGUCGAUUCAAACACAGUACCUCGUCCUGGAAACCUCUCAAACAAUGCCUCCUUGUUCUUUGAUCAAGAUAUCUUCCACGGGCUAGGAGUCGAGGAAGACGAGGAGGAGGAGGAGGAGGACGAAGAGCAGGAAGAAGGAAAGCAAGAGGCGGAUGAAGGUGAUAACAUUUUUGAAAUGGACGAUGAUUCGGACGUUGAGGAGAAGACCCCUGCUUCCAAGCAAAAGAACAAGAAGGAUGCCAAGAAGAACGCCAAGAAGGACUCUGAAUGGGAAGAUGAGUCCGACGAGGGCGAGCCUGUCGACCUAGGAGAUCCGAAGAAGGCUAAUGGCCAGCUGGAUAUCGACAUUAUUACCGCUGAGGCCAUGGCUCUUGCGCAGUCAAUGGCUACCGGUGAAAAGAAAUCGACCGAUAUUAUUGACGAUGGCUUCAACCGAUUCUCCUUCCGUGACGUGGACGGUCUGCCUGAGUGGUUCAUUGACGAUGAAGGCAAGCACAGCAAGAUGGUUCGUCCCACCACCAAGGCCGCCGCGGCUGCUAUCAGAGAAAAGAUGCGUGCCAUCAACGCCCGUCCGAUCAAGAAGGUCAUGGAGGCCAAGGGUCGCAAGAAGUACAAGGCCGCCCAGCGCUUGGAGAAGCUGCGCAAGAAAUCUGCACUUUUGGCAGACGACGAGGCCCUCAGCGAGCGUGACAAGGCCGGUGCCAUUGCCAAGAUCAUGAGCAAGGCUGGCAAGAAGAAGCCCAAGCAGGAAGUCAAGUUGGUUGUGGCCAAGGGUGCCAACCGUGGUAUCUCUGGCCGUCCCAAGGGUGUCAAGGGCAAGUACAAGAUUGUGGAUGCCCGUAUGAAGAAGGAUAUUCGUGCGGAGAAGAGAUUGGCAAAGAAGAAGAAAUAG